AUGAUCAGUAACAAAGGUGGAGGAACAGAGAGCGACUCCGGGGCUCCGUCCUUCAUCAACAACCCCCGAAAACCCCCAAACAUGUGGUCAGACGUGGACCAAGCAGCUGCUUAUCCAUCCAGCGCCAAAGACGACGGCAUCGACAUCGACGCUCUGGCGGCGGAGAUCGAAGGCGCCGGAGCCUCCAAGGAGCCGAAGGGGAAGAAGAAGAAGAAAGGAGCCAAGAAGGAGGACUUUGACGAGGACGACAUCCUGAAGGAGCUGGAGGAGCUGAGCCUGGAGACGCAGGGAGGGAAGGCCAAGAAAACAGACACCACAGAAGAAGUGGAGAGCGUGGAGCCUCCCAGACCAGAGAAGAAGAAGACCAGGAAGGGGAAGAAGGGCGGAGCCAGUCCUGAGGAGGAGGAGGAUGAAGGUGAAGGCCAGGUGGACGGAGAGAGGAACGAGGAGCCGAAGGACAAGAAGACGGCUCCUGUUGCUCCGCCCUCCGACUCCGACGACGACAGCGGCUCUCGGUCUCGCCUCAAAACCAAAGGAGCAAAGAAAGGAGGCAAAAAGGCGUCGGACGAUGACGAGGACGCAGACGAGGACAAAGCGGUGAAGAGAGGAGAAGCGAAGGACGACGAGUCCGAGGAUGACGAGGAGUUCACCUCCAGGAGGGACAGGAAGAAGAAGAACAAGGCGAAGGCGCCGAGCGACGACGAAGACGAGCAGCAGGACGACGAACCCGAAGGCUUCAGGAUGAAGACGGCAGCGCAGAAGAAGGCGGAGAAGAAGGAGAGAGACCGCAAGAAGAAGGAGGAGGAGAGGAUGAAGCAGAAGAAGCUGAAGGAGAAGGAGAGCGGCGUCGACGUCAAGAAAGAGCUGGAGAAGACAGCAGAGGCCACGCCCCCUCAGGUGGCCCCGCCCACUGCAGUGAUGGAAGAGCAGGAAGGGGCGGAGCCAGCAGCGGAGGAGGAGGCCGAAGGAGACAAGAAGAAGAAGGACAAGAAGAAGAAGAAGGGCGAGAAGGAGGAGAAAGAGAAGGAGAAGAAGAAGGGACCCAGCAAGGCCACAGUGAAGGCCAUGCAGGAGGCGCUGGCCAAGAUGAAGGAGGAGGAGGAGCGAGCUAAACGGGAGGAGGAGGAGCGUCAGAAGAGGCUGGAGGAGCUGGAGAAGCAGCGGCAGGAGCAGGAGCGUCUGGAGCUGGAGCGCAAGGAGAAGAAGAAACAGAAGGAGAAGGAGAGGAAGGAGCGGCUGAAGAAGGAGGGAAAGCUGCUGACCAAAGCCCAGAGAGAAGCUCGAGCUCGGGCCGAGGCCACGCUCAAGAUGCUGCAGGCUCAGGGUGUUGAAGUGCCAUCCAAAGACUCGUUGCCAAAGAAGAAACCAGUUUAUGGGGACAAGAGGAGGAAGAAGCCGAGCGCCCAGACCCCUGAAGAAACGUCAGAGGUGACCUCGCCGUCCUCGGAGACUCCGGAGCCGGUUGCCAUGGAGACGGAGGCGGAAACGCCGGCGGCAGAGCCAGAAGUGAAGCCGGACGCCGCCGUCGACGACUGGGAGGCCAUCGCCAGCGACGAGGAGAAAGAGCUGAAGAAAGUCCACAUCGAGGUGAAGGAGGAGACCGCCGCUCCUCCGCAGACCGCCGCCAGCGAGGAUGACGAGGAGGACGAGGAUGACGACGAGGAGGACGAGGAAGACGACGACGACGAGGAAAGCGAAGAAGACGCCGAGGAGGAGAAGGAGGCGGCAACGACGGUGGCGGCGGCGGCUCACGGGAAGAGGAGGGCGCCGAGCGAAGACGAGAGCAGCGACAGCGACGACGACGACGGCCGGACGAAAGAGGAGCGACUGUACGACCGCGCCAAGAGGAGGAUCGAGAAACGACGACUGGAGAACGUGAAGAACACGGACUAUGACAGGCUGAGGGCGCCGGUGGUGUGUGUGCUGGGACACGUGGACACGGGGAAGACCAAGAUCCUGGACAAGCUGAGACACACCCACGUGCAGGACGGCGAGGCCGGAGGAAUCACGCAGCAGAUCGGCGCCACCAACGUCCCGAAGGAGACGAUCGAGGAGCAAACGAAGAUGGUCAAAAACUUCGACAGAGAAACCCUGAGGAUCCCCGGCAUGCUGAUCAUCGACACACCUGGACACGAGUCCUUCAGCAACCUGAGGAACAGAGGAAGCUCUCUGUGCGACAUCGCCAUCCUGGUGGUGGACAUCAUGCACGGCCUGGAGCCGCAAACACUCGAGUCCAUCAACCUGCUGAAGGAGAAGAAAUGUCCGUUCAUCGUCGCCCUCAACAAGAUCGAUCGUCUGUACGACUGGAAGAAGAGUCCCGACACCGACGUCGUGGCGACGCUGAAGAAGCAGAAGAAGAACACAAAGGACGAGUUCGAUGAGCGAGCCAAGGCCGUCAUCGUGGAGUUCGCUCAGCAGGGUCUUAACGCCGCCUUGUUCUACGAGAACAAAGACCCCCGGACCUUUGUGUCAUUGGUUCCUACCUCAGCCCACAGUGGCGACGGGAUGGGAAACCUCAUUGCCCUGCUGGUCGAGCUCACCCAGACGAUGUUAGCUCGCCGGCUAGCGCACUGCGACGAGCUACGAGCUCAGGUGAUGGAGGUGAAGGCCCUGCCCGGGAUGGGAACCACGAUAGACGUGAUCCUGAUCAACGGCCGCCUGCGGGAGGGCGAAACCAUCAUCGUCCCGGGCGUGGAGGGACCAAUUGUGACGCAGAUCAGAGGAUUGCUGCUGCCGCCGCCGCUCAAGGAGCUCCGAGUCAAGAGCCAGUACGAGAAGCACAAGGAGGUGUCGACGUCUCAGGGUGUGAAGAUUCUGGGCAAAGACCUGGAGAAGACGCUGGCGGGGCUCCCCCUGCUGGUGGCCCACAGGGACGACGAGGUCCCCGUCCUCAGGGACGAACUGGUGCGAGAGCUCAAGCAGACGCUGAGCUCCAUCAAGCUGGAGGAGAAGGGAGUCUACGUCCAGGCGUCAACGCUGGGGUCACUGGAGGCGCUGCUGGAGUUCCUGAGGACGUCCAAAGUACCUUACGCUGGUAUCAACAUCGGUCCGGUUCACAAGAAGGACGUGAUGAAGGCGUCGACCAUGUUGGAACACGACCCGCAGUACGCCGUGAUCCUGGCGUUCGACGUGAAGGUGGAGCGGGAGAGUCAGGAGAUGGCCGACAGUCUGGGAGUUCGCAUCUUCUCGGCUGAGAUCAUCUACCACCUGUUCGACGCCUUCACCAAGUACAGGGAGGACUACAAGAAGGCCAAGCAGGACGAGUUCAAGCACAUCGCGGUGUUCCCGGCGAAGCUGCGAGUCCUUCCUCAGUUCAUCUUCAACUCCAGAGAUCCCAUCGUCAUGGGCGUCACCGUGGAGGCCGGCGUCAUCAAGCAGGGCACGCCGCUCUGCGUCCCCAGCAAAGGGUUCGUGGACAUCGGCGUGGUCACCAGCAUCGAGGUGAAUCACAAGUCGGUCGAGUCGGCCAAGAAGGGCCAAGAGAUCUGCGUGAAGAUCGAGCCGAUCCCGGGAGAGUCGCCCAAGAUGUACGGCCGACACUUUGAGGCCACCGACAUCAUCGUCAGCAAGAUCACGCGAGCCUCCAUCGACGCUCUGAAGAACUGGUUCAGGGACGAGAUGCAGAAGUCGGACUGGCAGCUGAUCAUGGAGCUGAAGAAGACCUUCGAGAUCAUCUGAGGGAACUCACACAAACAUGCAAAAACACACUCACACACUUCCUCCAUCGGCUGAUGAGGCGGCGGCGGCGGCGGCGGAGGGACAAAAAAUAAAGAAAAAAAACUGAGAAAAGACGUGAAAGUGUUUUUCUGUGAGAAACGAACACUUUUUCACUGUGCUCAGCAGUGACGGUCGCAUUUCACACUCAGUAUUCCAACGUGCCUGUUCUUCAGCAUCAACGUUGUUUCGAUUAUUUUUUCUUCUUCUUGUUCUUCGCUCUGAUUUGUGGCUGCUGCUUCCUGUCCCAGGCUCCGCCCACUUCCUCCCCAGACUGAAGCGAGGCCGACUCGCUGGCCAGCAGGUGCAUUGUGGGAUUGUGCCGAGCAGCGCCGCGCCUCCAGGAUUUUCUCUUUCACAGCGAAGGCGGCGUCAACUUUGCGGACUUUGACGAUUUGACUUUCACGUUGCUUUGCGGUUCGGCGGCCAUGUUGGAAGGUGGGCGGCGUGCGGGGGAGGGAGGGGAGGUGAAUGAUGGAGAAGAUUUUAAACUGUUUUUGCUGCAAGUGCUGAUGUAAUAAAUUCCCAUGAUUCUGAUGAAA